UGUCUGUCAUGUCUUCAAAUAAAAUGGACGAAAUUGUCGGCCAAUUGUUCGCCGAAUUCAAUCAAUUGAUUGGUUUUUUUUGGACAAAAUCAUUUGUGUGAUUGACUGCCAUCUGAUGUCUGGUUUUGGCUCUAAUGGUGUAAUCGUCUCGAGAUAUGACUCCAAAAACCAAUAGUCGUUUGUUUUGUUGAAGAAGACGUCCAAUCAUUUGAUUGUUUUGUUUUAAACUUUGAUUAGUUUUUUGGGAAAUGACUCGAAAAGUGAUGAAAAACUUGAGAAUCAGUCUAUUAAAGGACAGACAUCUGAAAAGAGUAAGAGUUUUUUGUUUUGAAACUAUUUCUGACUAUAACUUGAGAAUCAGUCUCUUAAAGGACAGACAUCUGAAAAGAUCGUUAUCAGUGGCAGCGGCGGCGGCCAGAGUACUGUUUCUGGGCGGCAAAUCGGUCGGCAAAACCACUUUAUUUGCUAGUCGUCGGAAUCAAGAGGUCUCUUCACAUGAAGACAAUGACGACGACAGUUCAUAUCAACUCAAUGUUUCUGUCGAUGGCAAAGAGGAUCAGCUGUUGCUAGUGUUAGACAUGUUACAUGACUUGCAAAAUAUAAAGACGUUUGUUUGGGCCGUUUGUCCGAAAGUCGUAGUCAUUGUUUACGACAUAACAGUCGGCCAAACGUUGACCGAUGCGGAAACAAUACUGAAGAAAAUCCAAAAACUGGUUGUUUGGCGCCUAUUGGUGGCCAACAAGUCGGACUGCGGCGGCGAUUCUGACCAAUCGGUCAGCUUAGAGAAUGGACGACAAUUGGCCGACAAAUACGGAACUGAAUUCCUCGAAGUGUCCGCACUGACCGGUCAACAUGUGGACGAUUUGUACAAAUUGAUUGCACGACUGGUUAGCGAUGACAAUCCGCAGAUCCCGCAGAUGGCGGCCAUCAAUCCCGAGACGGGAUCACCACAUCCAUCACUGGAUACUCUAUCGGACACAUCUGAACUUAACAUUUCCGGAAGUUCUUCGUCAGGAUCCGAUCCCAAACAGGAUAUCGAUAUUAUUGAGUAAUUAAAAGUCAACUAAUU